GCCUUCUUCACUUCGCUUUACUUCUCAGCAGAGCUGCAUUGACCUGGUGUCUUUUGUUUUACUCGAGUCGACCUCAUCUUUGACAUCCUUAACUGCUAACUAUGUUCUCUCGUCUUGUCCUGCUCUUUUUCUUGGCCUUGAGCGCUGUCUUGAUUGAUGCUGCUCCCGUUCAAGCGGACAAGCGACAGAUAGGAAACUUGCAAUGCAACGUCGAUCGCGUGAAGAUCGUUAGCGACAUUGCAGGAGCCAAGUCCACUGUCAAUACGCUGGCCACUCAGCUCGCCUCCGAUCCUGCGGGGUCUGACAGCAUCUCGCAGGUGUCAGAUGGAAUUGCUAACGCUCAAGAUGGCAUCAGUCAGAUCGCCAAAUCACUUUUCACUGGUCAACAGGCUCCCGCUGACGCUAGGCAGCAAGUCGAAGAUGGACUCACCACUGCCACCACUGCGCUUGCGAACAUCACGUCAACGGAUCCGGAUGUGACGUCGAACUUGACGAAGGCCCAAGGACAGUUGCAGAAGGCUGCAACCGCCGGUGAAGGUGUAUUGGCGAACUGCAAGUAGUCGCUAUGUGCACAACUCACCACAUUCAUUUCGGGCUCCUGUCAUGGACAGAAAUACAUUGACGGACAUUGGACAUUGGUUUACUUAGCUGAUAUAAGGCUAUGCCUUUAUGUAGUUGACGAGUUAAAGCAAUGAGAUUGUAUUGGGGAUGUGAAACUGUCCGAGAAUGUGAAGGAGAAUAGUAUGCCUUGCAUAUACUGACCAGUGUGCAGGAGAUACGGCAUAUAGACCAUAAAGCCCAAUUUUGCAC